AAUACUUUUGUAUUUCUUCUUGGAUGCAGUAUUCAAGUCUUCAUGUACUUUAUCCAGCAACCACAAAAGAAAUUCCUGAGCGUCAUGCUGCUGAUUCCCUUUAUACUGAGACCCGUGCCUUUCCAAAACCUGUUUGAAACUCGUACUCAAUUCAGGACAAUACUGGCAAGCCCACAAUGCCUUCAAAACAGUAGCAAGUUGCUCAGUAACUUCACCUUUGGUACCAAACUUCUUGGAGUUCAAUUUGUUCCUUCUGCUCAAAUCUAUUUUGUAUUUGUCCAGGACAAAGUAUUCGGCCAGAAUGUCUGUGUGCGAAAUACAUUGAAUGACUGCGUUAAUGAAGCAGGUGUUGCCCUGGUUCUUAAGACCCGUGACUCCGGGCGUGUCGUUGGGGCCCCACGUUUGAAAACCUACAGGCGGGACGCGGUUGUUUUCGAGGUUUUGAUUGAUACCUGGGACUCCGCUGAUGUGCUGCGCGAUUUUGUUGAUGAUUUUUUUAAUCGAAGGUCGACUACAAUAGAAGAUUUUAUUAAAGUCAAGAGUUGUUUUUAGAUGAAAGUUUGACUUACCGAAAAACUUUCUUAUUGUUUUUCUCGCUGUUUUCGUUGACCAUUUUAAUGUCGCAGUCGUUUUCGUUGGUUUUCGGUCUUCUUUUGGCUGUAUUGAAGGGGUUCCUGGGCAAAGUAAAGGUUCGUUUCAGAUUCGAAGGCUCCGCGGUGCCACUUUCGAGGGUCAUUUCGAUACGAUUCAAUAAUUCUCCGGCCGAGUUCGAUUUCACGAAGGAUAAAUCGCACAUUUCACACCAUCUUUAGAUUUUCAUUUCCAAUAAUCACGGAGAAAACUCAAGGAAAAACACUACAGGCUCCACUGACAAACCCCGACUCAAUUUUGAUUUGACUUUUGAUUGUCAAAAUAAAAUAAAAAAAUCCCUGUCAAAAUUUACUUGACUAUAUCUUUCUCUUUCUUACACGUUGAAGUAAACAAAGAAGCAUCAAUUAAUUACUCUCAAAUAUUUUAGUCUUUGUCAAAAUUACCUAGUAGAAAGAGAUGCAACAUUUCACUCGCCUUCGUAGACAUUUUUUAUUGUUUCAUUCUAAUUCCGCAAGCUAAAAAGAGAUAUAUAAAGUUGUUGGGCCAUAUGAAUAGUUGUAUUGACUUUUGUCAACUACUGCAUCGCCAUCUACAGGAAAAAGUUGUCAACAUUUAGUUUGGCUCGAUUCUUUACGAGGAAGGGUGUAUUUGUGUUAUUUCUUGAAUUUUAUUUGGAUUUUCCUGUAAAACAAAGAUCAAUUCUAUUCAAAUCACAUCACCAUGGUGUAAAAAUCCCUUACCCAAGCAGCCAUGGGUGUUCCUGCGGACGAUACCUAUCGUCCACCAAGGCUAGCUAAAUGGCUGCACAUGUUACCGCACGUCAAUGCUACCUUUAAGGAAGUCGACAGUAGUUUUAACCCAAAAUCGCACCCUUACAAAGAGAGCUUGGCCAUUCUAGCAUCAGCCCCAGCUGCCUGGCUAAUCUUUACUCUUUUUGUACUGCUUCUUUACCUACUGACAAGAUGUUGCGACCGCAAACCUCGACAUUCCAAAUCGAUAUCAGCUUUAAAAGUUACCUUAGCCAUUAUGUCAGUUUUGUGCUGUGCUGCUGUUGGAUUGGGUCUUUAUGGAAACGACGAUCUUCACAACGGAGUAGUGCAAACUUUAAAUCAAGCCAGACAAAUCGAUGGACUGGUAGGCAAAAUCAGAAACCACACUGAAGCAAUCGAAAGACAAUUACGUGUACAAGCCGGUGCCGAUUUUACGGCAAUCAGGGCAAUAUUUGAAGAAGCUCCAGCUAACAAUCUGACCAUCUUAAAAGCGGCCGAGUUGCACUUGAAAAGACUGAUGGCCAAUAAUACUUUAGCGGCGAACGCUGCCGCUGAAAUCAGAAAUCCGCUAAUGGCUCUAGAUAUAAUUCCUCAGAUUCAGUUCGGCGAGAAAGUGGAAACUGUUCGGUGGCCGUUUACGAUGACAAUAUUGAGCGUACUGUUGGUGUUGUGUGUAAUUUUGCUGGUCGGAGUCGCUAGGCACAAUCGGUGCGCUCUGAUAGCGUUUUCUGUUUGCGGUCUUUUGGCUGUGAUUGCUUCGUUUUUGUUAGCCAGCGUUUAUUUAGCUUCUAGUGUGGCAUUGUCCGAUUUAUGCAUAGCCCCGGAAAAAUACAUCGAAAACCAAGCGGAAGAAGACUUAUCCAAAGAAAUUUUGCGUCACUACUUAAACUGCGAAAGGGCCAGGGCCAAUCCUUUCACGCAACGCCUGCGCGAAGCAAAAACUACUCUGGAAAAUAUGCGCAUCGAAUUGAGUUUACUUAAACCUUUGGCUUUUCAGUUGUUCCCCAAAAAAGGCCUGGAACAAAAAUUCAAUUCUCUUAAAAACGAAAUCAUCACAGCAGACAAUAUAGGCACUCACCUGACUGCACUUGUUGAUUGUAGAACGCUCUACACUCACUAUUUACGGGGUGCCAGAGCGAUUUGCAAUGUUGGCCUUUUAGGACUCACCCUGAUGCUCAUCUCGGCUGUUUUAUCCGGACUGAUGAUGACGAUUUUGGUUUGGGUCGACUCACACACUUGGAUUUAUAUUAGGAAGAAGAAAGACUAUCAACAAGUUAAUGAAGCGGACCCAUAUUUGCCGCCCCCGGCCGCUAGUCAAGCCAUAGCGGCGCGCACCCUUCAACGGAGCCAAGGGCAGUUUCCCGGUGCACCCCCAGAUACCCCUCCGCCUAGUUAUGCUCACGCCGCUCUUCUAAGGCCGCCUCCCGUGCAUGCCGCCACCGCUCCCAUGCAUGAGGCCGAUCUUUUACUGGAUGGUUGUGAUACAAGAUCUCAAGAACACCACAGAGCGGGAGCUGCUCACAUGGCCCAUUUGAGAGGUCACACCCUGGGACGUUUGCCCUCUCACCAUCACCAUCACGAUCCCGCAGGCGGGCCCAACAACGGCAAAUACGCCACUCUGAGCAAACAGUGCAAGACGCUAGAAAGUUCAGAUUUUUACUGAGACAGGCAUGCCUGCAAGGAAUUCCCAAACUUUAAAAGUUUCAAGAUCGACCAAUCCCAACAGCCAGGUGGCAGCGAAGAGCAGCAACAACAGCCGAUGAGCGACACCCAACGUACCGCCACGCUGGGCAGGUACUCGUCCCUGGGUAGACGUCCUUUGCCUCAGACGCCGGACGAGAAAGCCCGCGGCUGUAACAAACCCUCUAUGCCCAAAGUACCCGCCACUAUUUCUGGUACCAUACCAGAGACCCCGGUGAACCCUAAUAAUUACAGGUCUCUGCAAAGGGGUGCGUGGCAAGACUCCGUAAGCAGUUUCCAACCUGUAAACGCGCAAUUUCGUUCUUUACAACGAGGAACCAAUAACGGAGCUCACGGGCACUCGCACCAGUUCCGGUCCGUCAAAAUCCAGGACCAAAUGAUGGGGCCCAACGAGGGGGCGUACGCCAAUACCGAAAGCGAACGCCACUUGUACGCCGUCACUGAGCUGUAGGGCGUUGGUCGAGAAUUUUUCCAAGUUUUUGUUUUAUAUUUGGGAAAUGCAGGCAUGCAAUACAAAUCAAUAGUAAAAUGGUUUUUGUUUUUACGAAUUUUUUCCUCACAAACUAGUUUGUAAGAUAAUUUUUAGUUGACUUUGUAUAUUAUUAUUAUUAGAUGUUGAUGUGGUUUUUUAGAAGCGAGGUUUUGUAGAAUCAAUGACUAUAGGCAAUCAAUGUGUCUAGAUUAAAUAAUAAUUAUUAUUAAAGUGUGUAGCUUUGAGAAUCUCAAAAGUGGUGCCAAACACUGACUGAUACAACUCCAUUCCAUUUAAUAGACCCAAAAAAAAAAUACUAUUGGCGCCCUUUUUAUUUUAGGACAAAACAACGGGAACAAUUAUUAAUGGAGCUAAUAUAACAUACAAUUUAAUUGCUCAUUUAUUGCUCAAAGCAGCAACAGUAAAUUUUUGAUACAUCACAUUAUUUUUGGGGCCUAAAGUAUUUGCAUUUGAAUUAUAAUUUUGUAUAUUACUACUAUUAAAACAAAAAAAGUUGGACAACUGCCAAAGACUAAUAAAAAAAAAAUGAUUUGAUGCUUCACGUGUGGAUGUUUUUUUAUAUAAACUAUUUAAUAAUUGUAUAGGGUGGUUCAUUAAAUAAAAUAAGGACCAGUUAAAAAAAUAUUAUAUUAUAAGUAUAGACUUCUUGUGAAGCGUUAAUAUUAUUAAUAAUAAUCUGGAUACAAAAUUUAUUAGUGAUUAUUAUUGACUCAUUAAUAAUCAAAACUCUUAAGCAAAAUUGUAUAUUUAUAGUAGUUUAUUUUGCUUUAAUUCUCUUUUGUACAUUUUUUAUAUAUAGAUAUUAUAAAAAUAAGUUUGACUCUCAUUAGUGUAUUUAUUUUCUUAUUUUUUUUUUUUUCAAAUUUUAUGCAUUCAAUUGUAUAGUAAAGUUUAUGUAAUAAAAAAAAUACAAAAUGUUUAUUGUUUUAUUCUCUAUUGGUUUGUCCCAGGUCGUAUCCCAGUCUUAGCAGGCCUUGUGAUAUUACGUUGAAGGACAUAUGGGCUCGUCCACUCGUUUCCAUUCUAAUCACUAAAAAAAAAUGAUAGUAAGUUGAAGUACAAAAAAUGUCAUUUAUUCAUUGGGUUGUAGAAAUAUCAUACAAAAUGUUUCAAAGGUGAAAGGUUACCACAUUUCCAACUAUUAAACCGUUUUUCAAAUUUUCUAUUCUUCAAAACUGAUCUUUAAGAGAGCCAGAAUUGGGAUUUUCAGUCUUUUGUUAGUAAAUUUCAGCUUAAAAAUCAAGAGUUUGUAGUGGGGAUUGGGAUCUUCUACGUUCUAUAUAGUGUUUCUUCUACUGAACUAAGUUCUGAGUGUCUGAAUUGCCAAGAAAACGGACAUAGAUGAAACUCUAAUUUGUGUACCUACUUCCGUAUCGUCUGCCUGUCUGAAAUAAGAAAAGAGCAAUUGCGAAAAGAAAUUGAUAAACUCUUAGCCGAUUGAACUAUAGAAGAGUGCGAGUCUCCUUGCUGCUCCUAUGGUUCUUGUUUCAAAGAAAAAGAAAGAUAGUAGCAUCAGGUUGACUGUUGAUUGCCGCAAGUUGAAUGCGACAAUGAUAGCCGACAGAUAUCCCUUGCCUCGUAUUGAUGAUAUAUUACAUGCUGCAAAGAAAACUCGUUUUAUGACAACUUUGGAUUGGAGAUGUUAUCAUCAAGUAUCAGUCAAACCAUCUGAUGGAAACAAAACUGGUUUCAUUUGUCCUUUUGGAACUUGAUAUACAAGAAUGCCGUUUGGAUUACGGAACGCUCCAUCCACAUUUCAAAGACUGAUAAAUUUUGUUCUUGUGAUAACCGAGCUUGUGUGAAUAAAAGCGAGAUACUGUUUAAAGCGUUUAAUAAUUAAUGUCACAGAUAAUAUAUAGAGUUAUGCAAUGAUAUGAAUUAGGGCUUGGACGUUCGCGGAGAGGACCGUAGCGAGCGGCGGCAUUAAAAGGUGCUUAUCGUCACGUAGGUAACAGUAGACUGGCGGAGGUAGUCGUGGUGGUGGUUCUCGAUGAAGCCGGAUGUUUCGUCAUGAGUUCCCUGUAGCGACCCCUGGUAGUGUACCUUGGUUCGUUUGGGGUCAUGGGAGCUGACCACUUGGCAACCUGGCUAGAGGCUGACCCAUCACACCUCCCUCUUUAAGCUGAAACUCAUUUUCGUUAACAUUACCUAAUGACAAUUCGUAUUUAUGUAAAUACGAUGCAUUUCCACUGCUGUGCUGAACAUUGCACUAGUGGUUGUGAGCAAACACUCGUUGCGUUUAUUUGUCUCAGAAUUGUACGACUUAGCGUCCUGAUUGAACUUUAUCACAACGACUGUUAGCUCUGUUUGAAUGCUAAAGUGUUUCAUGCCGUGGGAUUAUGUGACUCUGACAUUACAAAUGUGUUUCGUCUACAAUGACUUUGAUGUUUAUUAUUCCGCCAACAGCUGCGUCCAUCUGAGUCUGAAAUUAAUUUAUGCCUAAUUCUACCAUACAUUAUUCGUUAAUCAAAGUCUAAUAUAAAAUCUUUCAAAUAUGAAUUCGUUUUUCUAUUUCGCUUGGGCCUCAUUUUGGUUGCGUCAUCAAUGUCCUUAGUGCUCGAUUUUCUAAAUUUAUCCAUUAAAUUUUCGUCACUUACAUUUGUUGGGUAUAUUGUCGCACUGUAUUGUUUUUUUACAGCACCUGUCGCAUUGUUCAUGGGCCUAACACUAGGAGUAUAAGUGUUUUCUAAAUCUAAAUGGGAUGCACUGUCCAGGGUCACUGGAGCAGCGUUACAACUCACACUGGUUUCAUUUUGGGACUGGUCCAAUGGUGGUUCGGCUAUGUUCUGUGAAAUGAUUAUAUUAUUAGUAUCAUUUUCAUGACUGGAAUUGUUAGAAAUAUUAAUAUUGUCAUUUUCAGAAGUAUCAUCAUUAUUAGGCUGAAAAGAAUUGUUAUUUUUAUUGUUAGUAAAGUCAGCAAUUUUGUUAUUAUUGUAAUUUAAGGUGUUUUUCUGCCUUUCCAGUUCUCUCUCGCCUAAACCUUUCCCUUCCCCAGCCCUUAUUUGGUUGGCAUGUCUUUUCCAGACAUUUCCUUCUUCGAUUUUGCAUUUGAAGGUCGUUUUUCCUAUUUGUUUUUCGAUUUUUGCACUUGUCCAGGUUUCUUUGUUGUUUCGGUAGUCUCUCACGAAGACAGCUUGGCCUUUCUCGAAUAGCUUGCGUUUGACUCCCCCAUAAUUUCUCUUUUGAGCUUCUUGAGCUUUUAACAUGUUUUCUUGAGCUUCUGAACACCAUUUGUUCGUUUUUGUUGGACUUGUUUUGUUGUUCUCUUUUAGUAGUGUCAAUCUGGAACGAAGUUCUCUUCCAAACGUUAGCAAUGCUGGUGAUUUUCCAGUUGUAGUAUGUGGGGUUAUUCUAUAGUUGAAUAAAAAUCUUGAUAAAAGAUUUGUCAUUUCGAUGCCUCUGUUCUCCGGGUCUGACAUGUAUGUGUAAAUUUUGUUUUUACAGGUUUUGACUGCGUUUUCUGCAAGUCCAUUACUUUGACUGUUGUAAGGAGGGGUUGUAACAUGUUUUAUUCCGUUACUUGAUAGAAAACUUUCGAAUUCUUCUGAGGUGAAUUGUGUUCCAUUGUCAGAUACCAAAGUCACUGGCAACCCGAAUCUUGCAAAAGUCUGUCUCAAGAACUCAUUUGUAGCCUUAGUUGUUGUAGUUUUAGUUAUAAAGGCUUCUAUCCAUUUACUGUAUGCGUCAAUUAUUAUUAGGAUAUAGUUUUUACCUAUUUGAAGAUAAUCGAUAUGGAUUCGGCUAAAUGGUUCUUUUUCUAUGGGCCAUGGUGUCAACUUUGUUUUCGGUGGUGCAGGCUUGUUGAUCAUGCAUGAAUGGCAUGAUUUCGCCACUUUUUCUAUUUCUGCAUCUAGCCCUGGCCAGUAAAAUAUUGAUCUAGCUCUGUUUUUCAUUUUGGAUGCACCAAAGUGUCCUCCAUUUACGUGAAGUUCUUGUAGUAACCUUUCUCGUAGUUUUUGGGGUAUCACUAGCCUUAGCCCCCAUAGAAUUGUACCAUUUUCUAUAAAGAGUUCAUUUCUACGAUCAAAAUAUGGUUUUAUUUCUUUAUUUAAAUUUUUGGGCCAUUUGCCAUGCUCAAUAUACUUUUUUACUUUACUUAGAGUGUUAUCAAUCUGGGUUUCUUUUUUAAUAUCCUCAUUAUUCAAUGGCCAUUCAUUAAUUUUAUUAGUGAAAUAAAGAUAACUCACCAUUUUGUCAUCUUCUACCUCAAUUUGUGAGGUUGUUUUUGGAAACCUUGACAAAUAGUCUGCUACCGUGUUCAAUUUGCCUUUGAUGUAUUGAAUUUCAUAGUCGAAUCCAGAUAGGUAAGCGGCCCAUCGCUGCAGUCUGUUCUCAUACAUUUUAGGGAUGCCUUUGUGUUUUCCAAAAAUGGCACAUAAGGGUUUGUGAUCUGUCCGUAAUGUCCAUUUUCGACCUAUAAGAUAAUGAUGCAAUCUUGUUACAGCAUAGUAAAUACUUAAAGCUUCUUUAUGUAUUGUUGACAUCUUUUUCUCGCUCUGCAGCAGUGUUCUGGAGAUAAAGCACACUGGUCUUUCGUCACCAUUGGUCAUUUUGUGUGAAAGUACUGCUGCUAUACCAUUGUCUGAAGCAUCUGUGGUCAAAAAUAUAGGCAAGUUAGGAUUAAAAUGGGUUAAUACAAUGUCGGAGGCAAUUAAUUCUUUAAUCCUUUUAAAAGUUCUUUUGCAAUCAAGAUCCCAAUUAAAUGUUACGUCCUUUUUUAAUAAUCUAUACAGAGGGUACAAAGUCGAUGACAAAUUUGGUAUAAAUUUACCAUAAUAUGAUACCAUACCGAGCAAUGUCCGUACUUCUGAUACAUUGGUUGGUUCUGGAGCGUCCAGAAUGGCUUUGACCUUGUCAUCAGUUUUCAUAAGACCAUCCUUCGUGAUUCUAUGGCCUAAAUACGUCACAGAUGGCUGAAAAAAUGAACAUUUACUUAAUUUUACCGUCAACCCUGCAUUUUUAAGCUUGUUUAGGACUUUUUCUAAUGUUUCCAGAUGUUUUUCCCGACUGUUUCCCGUGAUAAUGAUGUCGUCGAUAUAUACAGCUACGUUUUCUACGCCCUGUAGAAUUUGUUCGAUGUACCGCUGGAAUUUGCUACUAGCAGGUGCUAUUCCAAAUGGCAUUCGGUUCAUUUGCAGUAAGCCCUUGUGUGUCGACCAUACUAAAAGUUUUUUAGCUUCAUCAUCCAACUCGAAUUGAUUGUAUGCUUGACAUAGAUCCAGCUUCGUAAAUUCCUCUCCAUUAUGUAAUUUGGCGAAUAAGUCUUCGGCCCUUGGUAAAGGAUAUACGUCUUCUUUCAAGUACUUAUUGACAGUGGACUUAUAGUCGGCGCAGAUGCGUAUUUUUCCGUCUGACUUGAUUAUGGGUACAAGGGGUGUCGCCCAGUCGCUGGUCUCUAUUGGUGUCAAAAUACCUUCGUCAAUCAUCUGGUUUAAUUGCUCAUCUAGGGGUUUUUGGUAGGCAAGGGGAACCGACCUAGGUCUGAGAAAAACUGGAUUAGCUCUUUCAUCUAGCUUUAACGAAAUUUUGCUGUGUUUAAAAUGCCCUAACUUAUCAGUGAAUACAUCAGAAUACCUCUCAGUCAAUUUUUGAAUUUCCUUGUUUACAGCUGAAAUAUUUAAACCAUUAUCUAUUAUAUUUAUCAUUUUAAUUUUUAAAUUGAAAGCCCUUAGGAAAUCUCUACCUAAAAUGCACGGACCACCAUUGGGUACCACAUGAAAUUUUAUGUCCCUACAAACAUUUAAAUAAAAUACAUUUACAACAAAAAAUCCCAACGGCGCAAAAACACAACCAUUGUAGCUUCUAAGGAUAGUAUCAUCUUUGUUUACAUUAUAUUUAUUUUCAAAACAAUUUUUAUAAAUAUUUUCGUUCAUACAGCUGACAGAGCUACCUGAAUCCAAUAACAUAUUGAAAUUUUGAUUAUUUAUUUUAAUGUUUACUCUAAAGUCAUUGUCUUUAUCACUGUUACUUAAUACAUUGAACAAAGGUCUAUCAUUUACUUCAUUGUUUACAUAAUCGUUUGCGCCUGAUGGGUUUGAAUCUACUGCUACGUACCUCAGGUCUUCUUUAUCUUCUUCAUCCAUGUAAUUUACCUGUUUUCUUCGGCAUACCUUCGCCAGAUGACCUCUUUUUCCGCAUUUGUCGCAACCAUGAUUUCUAAACUUGCAUAAACCACGGUGUUUGUUUCCACAAAUCUUGCAACCAGCGUGAUAACUGUCAUCUUGAUGUCGGUUGUCGUUUCUGUUCCUUCUGUCAGUUCUGUCACCAUCAACGUCAUUCCCAUUCGCCCUACUGAAGUUUCUAUUUUGACCGCUGCGCAUGCGAUGUUGCGAUUGGCUUCCUCCUCCUCGGUUUGCGCCAUGGCCAUGAUUGCGCGGUUUUUUAAGGAAAAGGAUGUCGGAUGGAAAAUGGCGGACAUUUGCACUCUCACGUUGCGCUGAAAUUUCUUUUAGCCUCUCCAACGUCUGGUCUUCUUUUUCUUCGCAUAAACGUUCGAAAAUCGGCCCCAUGAUCAAUCCGCUAAUGAAUUUGUCUUUCAGAAUGCUGCUCAGGUUGGCAUCAAACCUACAAUUGGCACUUAAACUUUGAAUUUUAACAUACCAGUCAGCUAUGGAUUCAUGAGCGUCUUGUUUGGCCUCGUAAAAUCGUCGUCGUUCUUUCCAAACAUUUGCCUUGGGACAGCAAUGCUCUCUAAGCAACUUACAUAGUUCUUCAUAUUUUUUUUCUUUAGGCAGCGACGGAAAGCAAAGGUUUCUGAGCAAUUUAUAGGUUUGGGUGCCCAGAACACUGAUUAAAUUGGCAGUUUUGCUUUCAUUCUCCUUUAUGUUAGAAGCUGCUAGGUAUUGCUCUAAUCUUUCCUCGUACAGGAUCCAGUCGUCGGAUUCCACGUUGAAUUCGGCAAACUUUAUACUUGACGACGCCAUUUUGCAAUUUUUUUUUUACGCGAAUUUUUUUUUCCGUUUACCUCGUCGCCAUAUGUGAUAACCGAGCUUGUGUGAAUAAAAGCGAGAUACUGUUUAAAGCGUUUAAUAAUUAAUGUCACAGAUAAUAUAUAGAGUUAUGCAAUGAUAUGAAUUAGGGCUUGGACGUUCGCGGAGAGGACCAUAGCGAGCGGCGGCAUUAAAAGGUGCUUAUCGUCACGUAGGUAACAGUAGACUGGCGGAGGUAGUCGUGGUGGUGGUUCUCGAUGAAGCCGGAUGUUUCGUCAUGAGUUCCCUGUAGCGACCCCUGGUAGUGUACCUUGGUUCGUUUGGGGUCAUGGGAGCUGACCACUUGGCAACCUGGCUAGAGGCUGACCCAUCACAGUUCUGGACUUCCAGAUAUUACCAUUAAAGCGCACCUCGAUUGUGUAAUUAUUUUAUCAAACUCAUUUGAGCUUCAUGUUAGUAAUUUGCAAAAAGUUUUUGAUCGCUAUUAUUGAAACUUCAAUUAAUUCAAUUUUCUUGUUCUUCUUGUCAAUAACUUCUUCUGCUAUUGCUCCAAAACUCAGAUAAAGUUUCUGCUAUUUCUAAAAUACCAAAUCCUUGAAAUGUCAAAGAACUACUUACUUUUUUACAAACUUGUUCCUG